UUUCCCCUCUUCCCCUUUCAAAUCUUGAGGUAGGCAGCAAUCAGAAACCAUUCUGAAGCAGGCAAACUGUGAAGAAGACAAGGCACUUCUAGGAGGUCCACUUUGGUUCACAGGAGCUACAGGAUUGUCAAGGGUGAACACAAAAUGUUUGUCUGCUUAAUCUACUUCAGGAUAACUAUCCCAAGAUUUGAAAUGCAAGCUUUCUUUUUAGGAGGGGAUGACCGCCGAGUCUUACUUUGGCAUAUGGAAGAAGCCAUCCACUCAAGAGUUAAACCAGUUCAGCUGAAAGGGGAGCAUCACUCUAAUAUCUUCUGCCUAGCUUUCAACAGUGGCAAUACAAAAGUGUUCUCUGGAGGCAAUGAUGAGCAAGUUAUACUCCAUGAUGUUGAAAGCACUGAGACCUUGGAUGUGUUCGCUCACGAAGAUGCAGUGUACGGCCUUUCAGUGAGCCCAGUAAAUGACAACAUCUUUGCCAGUUCAUCAGAUGAUGGCCGGGUUCUUAUUUGGGACAUCCGAGAGUCUUCCCAUGGAGAGCCCUUCUGCUUGGCACACUACCCAUCAGCCUUUCACAGCGUGAUGUUUAAUCCAGUAGAACCCAGAUUACUGGCUACUGCCAACUCUAAGGAGGGUGUGGGACUCUGGGAUAUUCGUAAACCUCAGAGUUCACUGCUUCGCUACGGUGGAAACCUGUCCCUUCAGAGUGCCAUGAGUGUCCGCUUCAACAGCAACGGAACCCAGCUGCUGGCCCUGCGCCGGCGCCUUCCCCCGGUUCUCUACGACAUCCACUGCCGGCUGCCCGUCUUCCAGUUCGACAACCAAGGCUACUUCAACUCGUGUACCAUGAAGAGCUGCUGUUUUGCAGGUGAUCGUGAUCAGUACAUCCUUUCGGGUUCUGAUGACUUCAAUUUGUAUAUGUGGAGGAUUCCUCCAGAUCCAGAAGCAGGUGGCAUUGGCAGGGUCGUCAAUGGUGCUUUUAUGGUAUUGAAAGGUCAUCGGUCAAUUGUAAACCAAGUCCGGUUUAACCCUCACACUUACAUGAUCUGUUCUUCAGGCGUUGAAAAGAUCAUAAAGAUCUGGAGUCCUUACAAGCAGCCUGACUGCACGGGGGAUCUCGAUGGUAGAAUUGAGGACGAUUCGCGUUGCCUCUACACUCACGAAGAGUACAUCAGCCUGGUGUUGAACAGUGGUAGUGGAUUGUCCCAUGAUUAUGCCAACCAGUCAGUCCAGGAAGAUCCAAGGAUGAUGGCCUUUUUCGACUCCCUGGUGCGCCGGGAGAUCGAGGGCUGGAGCUCAGACUCAGACAGUGACCUCAGUGAGAGCACCAUCCUGCAGCUCCACGCAGGAGUGAGCGAGCGCUCCGCUUACAGCGAGUCGGAGUCCUCUGCCUCUUUGCAUCACUCCCCACCACACGUGGCUGAAGAGUCUGACGAAACUGCCUAUAACUUAAGGGCCUUAAGAUCAACUGAAUCCCCCUCGGCCAGAGAAGACGUGGCUUCCCGUCAGCAGAGGCUCUCCGCGCUGAGGAAGUAUCAGGACAAACGUCUCCUGGCUCUUUCCAAUGAGUCUGACUCCGAUGACAAUACCUGUGAGGCAGAACUGGAUACAGACCUUUUCCCACGACCGCGGUCCCCAAGCCCUGAGGAGAACGAAUCCAGCAGCUUCAGCAGCAGCAGCAGCACAGAAGAUGAAGAGGAACUGAAUGAACGACGCACGUCUAUGAGGCAACGCAACGCCUUGAGGCGCCGGCAGAAGGUGCAAAAGGAGGAAAGGACUAGCACUAACACGGAGAACGUGACCCCCUACAUAGGUGAGGACAUCUAUGAUUACCCCCAGAUCAAAGUAGAUGAUCUUUCUUCUUCUCCAGCUUCUUCACCAGAAAGGAGUUCAGCCAACAAAGAAGUUCUCAAAGAAAGGACUUCUCCUUGUUCAGACAGCGAAUCAGUGGAGAGAAAGAUUUACAAAGCUUACAAAUGGCUUCAUUAUUCUUACAUAUCGUAUUCGGCUAGUAAAGAUGGUGAAUCCUCCAGAGGAGAUGGAGACAAUGAUGAAGGGAAACCAGGAACUAGUGGAAGGCACAGUACGUCACACUCGCUAAAUAAGGAAGAUGCUAGGAACUUGAGUUCAGUAGGUCCUCAAGGUUCCCCAGCUCUUUCUACCGAAAGCCACAACAAAGAAACUUUAAAAGAACGUGGCUUGACAGAAAAUUCUAGUAAUGGUCAAGCUCAUGAAUGUGACAAUCAGCGGCGGACGGAGGGUCAAGAGAACACAUCUGAAGAUGCUAGCAGCGGAGGUAUAGAGCAUCCUUUUGAGACUACAAAACUCAAUGGAAAAGCUAACCGCAAAGGGCUAAAUAGUUGUACUGAAGAACCUUGCAUUCAGACGGCAGGACUUGUGGAACAGAAAAAUAACCAGAACUGUCAACCAGCAUCAAGCCAUCACUCACUGGUCCCUCCAUUCUCCGCUGUGGCCAUCUGCAGCAUGUCGGGUCACUGCUCCAGAAACCAGACUGAGGACAGUGAGGAGAGGAGCCUCGACACCUCCUGCGUUAACCACAACAACAACGGCCACUUGCAUCUUCGCCCCUCCUGCUUCAACAACGGACAGAGCUGUGGGGAGCAGGAGGCUGGGACGCAGGGACUACAGGGGCGCUCGAACGCUGAUCGUGGCAACCUUGCACAGACGGGUGUGACCUUGCACAAAGACUGCUGCCUGUCUGAGCUGGGCUCCAACAGCUACAGCCUGAGCACAAGGGAGGAUGCUGCUGACUUGCACCCUGCGGGCGCUGAGAGCGCUCAGUCUCUCGGAGGACUGAAAAGACACAGAGCGGAGUUGGAAGACGCAGAUUCAGAGAGUUCGUCCUUAGAAAAGAAGUUAAAAACAUGAUAAAUGCAAAUGUCUGUCGUAGUGUGCACUCUCUCUCAAAAAAAAAGGAAAAAGAAAGUAUUAAAGGCACAUAGAGCUUGGGUCUGAAACAUUGCGUUUGAUUCUCCAUUCCAUUCUUCAGUGGGUCUGUUUUAGAUUGCCAAUGGUUCAUGCUGUAUAAAAAUCCAACUUACUCCUUAAUGAGACUGAGUCUAGUGUACCCAUACAAGGUUCUGUUUAAAGUAAAUCCUUAUUAAGACGGUUGACUGAA